UGCUCGCGACGGAGCAGUCACAGAUCCUCUACUGACGCUCCCCGCGCAGUUUCUCACUGAUGUAUUUACACCAAAGAAGAAGAUGAAGAUAUCCGGUCUGGCGUCGGGAAACAGAGGAAGAAAAACUUAGACGGAAUUUAUAUAUAUAUAUAUUUUUUCCAGCUAUUUGAUCCUAAAAACAAAGGAUUUAACAGAUUCUCCCGGUGUGCCCGUGUACGUGUCUGGUUGGGACCCUGAGUGUGUCGGGGGGCUAUGGUGAGGCCAUGUACACAGGCUGGUGUGAGGAGAGACGUACCAGCAGCACUGGAGGUAACGGAUUGGGUCUCCCUUCAUGGCUGUGCGUAUCACUCUUCUUCUUUGCCCUGUGGGGCCAAGCAUCCCCGCAGUGCCCGGACAGCUGCCACUGCGCCUGGGAUACAGCCACAGUGCUGUGCUCAGACGCAGACCUGCGGGAGAUCCCAGAAGGAAUCCCUCCAGACACCGUAUCCCUGCACCUUGAACGAAAUUACAUCCGGAACAUCCCUGAGAGUGCCUUCAGUGACCUGGUUCACCUGCGGGACCUGUACCUGUCCCACAACCGCAUCGACUCACUGGCCUCGGGGGCCCUGCGACACCUGGGGCCUGAGCUACGCCUGCUGGAUCUCUCCCACAACCAGCUGAGGCAGGCGAGCAGGGAGGAGUUUGGCUCCACUCGGGCAAAGACUCGCCUCUACCACAACCCCUGGCACUGUGACUGCGCCCUCCAGGAGUUGAUGGAGACUCUGAACCUGGAGCCUGAGACAGUGAACGGGAUCAUUUGUGAGAGCUCCGUGCGAGGGGUGGGUGAGGGGAGCAGGUGGGAGGAUCCUGGAUCACUUGGGGAGCACGCAGGUCAGCCACUGGUCAAACUGUUGGAUUCUGGGGUGAAUUUCUGCAGCCUGCAGAGGAAAACCACAGAUGUAGCCAUGCUGGUGACCAUGUUUGUGUGGUUUUUUAUGGUCAUUGUAUAUGUGGUGUACUAUGUGAGGCAAAAUCAAGCUGAAGCCCGCAGACAUUUGGAGUACCUGAAGAGUUUGCCCAGCCCACGCAAGACCCCCACAGAGACAGACACUUUGAGCACUGGAUUCUGA